AUGCGUCCUGGGAAAAAAGUUGAAAGACCAAGUAGCAUGUCAAACGAAACCGAAACGCGUAGAUCCCGCCGCAUCGAUAAUUAUCAUGAAUUAGGCGUUCGUGGCAGGCAAGCAAUUACAAGUGCCGUGAGAACAGGUGUAACAGUACCAAACACAGUGAAGAAGGAUUCGGAAGGGUUUGACGAUAUUGAUGAUUUUUUUGCAAAAGCUAUCGUCUUUAAGAGGUCGUCACCAGUGGAUACGCUACCUACAGCACGAUUUUUAACUCCAAUUUGUUUUGAAAACAGACAAUCAUUAUCCAGCCCUAGCCCAUUACCCAGUCCCAGCCCGUUACCACCGUCAAAUAUUGAAGAUACUCCUGCAGAAAAGUCGUCCAGUAAGGCCUUCGAUUUUGGAAUUGGCCAGGAUGACAACACACUUGGAAACGCCAGCCCAACGGGAAACGCCAGCCCAAUUUAUAUAGAAUCGACACCAGUACGAGCGGAUACCCUAGCUGCUGAUCGAUUCCUAACUCCAAAUAGACAAUCGCUACCUAGUCCUAGUCCAUUACCACCAUCAAAUAUUGAAGAUACUCUUACGUCCAGCAAGGUAUUUGAUUUGGGAACUGGCCAGAAUAACCAAACACUUGGAGAUGCUGGUUCAACGUCUGAUAGUCAAAACAAAGAUACAGAGGAUGAAGAACCGCUAGGACUGCGUCGAAGCAAACGACAACGCACAAAGCCUGUAGAGUAUUGGCGGAACGAGAAAGUAGUUUACGAAAUGCGGAGAUCUGUUGGAGUCCCUGUCCAAGUUGUCAAAGAUGUAAUACGUAUAAUCAGUGACGAUGAAGAAACAAAUACCAAGACUAAAGAAGGUGGCGUCAAAAAGCGGAAAAGCAACAAUAAGGCUAGUAGCCAUCGAGAAUCAAAAGAGGAGAGUAUCGAAAAACCCACAUCGCCAGACGCUGUUGUGGUAGACUUUGGUACUAAUAGGGAAGUCAGGCGAUCAAUUGUGGCUACCACAGCAAUGUUGAAUCCGACCCAAGCAAGCGAGAAGAAGGCUUAUAAAAUGCAAAAGUUGUUUUAUGAAGGCAGUUUUCUGGCUUAUGGAGUAGUCGAGAUACCUAAGGAGACAGAAAAGCCAAGCAAGAGUAGUAAAGACACAGCAUUGGUAUUCUACGUGGCCAAGGGACCGGUUAAAGUCACAAUACACAAAUGCACGUUUCAUGUAGGGACAGGAGACCACUUCUUCGUGCCUAGAGGUAAUUAUUACACCAUCAAAAACGAGAAUCAUCAUGAAAUACGUCUAUUCUGGUCUUCUGCAAAGGAAGUUUAG